AUGUAUAAACCAUCUCACCGACCAACAACACAGCCCUCUGAUCCCUCCUUUCAACAGUUCAAGAUGUCUGAACAGAAUCAGGAUCAGUCGCAGAAUCAGCAACAAAACCAUUAUAAUCAGUACUACCAGAACAUGAGCCAACAGUCUGGGUACCAGCCUCAAAACAACGAGUAUUCGCAAUACUACCAGAACUAUGAUCCUAACGCCCAAUCGAACCAGGGAUACAACCAGGGAUACAACCAAUAUAACCAGGGCUACCAGGGUUACAACCAGGGCUACCAGGGCUACCAGUCAUACAACCAGGGCUACCAGAACAACAGCUUCAACAGUCAAGGCGGUCGUGGUGGGUUUAAGAACAACCGUGGUGGCUACAAAAACUACAACAACCAAGGUUUCAAUACUCAGGCUCAGUCCUUCCAGGCGUACGACCAGCAAUCCGGGUCUCAGGGCAUGACUUUGCAGGAUUUCCAGAACAAAAAGACGCCGGGAACUGACUCUUCAGCGCCUGCUGCAGCAACAGCUCCAAAGCCUAAAAAGACUUUGAAACUGGCAUCUGGAUCGGGCAUCAAGCUGGUGGGUGCCACCAAAAAACCAGAGGUGAUGAAAAAGGAGGAACCAACAAAAGAAGAAGAUCCUAAAGAUGAAGCAGCGCCCGAAGAAACCAAGGCGGACGGAACUCCACAGACCGACGAUAAGCCAACUGAAGACUCUCUGCCUAAAAUCGACAAACUAAAGAUUGGCGAGGAAAAGCCUGUAAAGAAGGCAGCUGAUACUACAGCAGCAGCAGCGGCAGCCGCAGCUAACUCAGCCGAGGCACUCAUCAAGGAACAAGAAGACGAAGUGGAUGAAGAAAUCGUAAAUGACAUGUUCGGAGGUAAAGACCAUAUGUCUAUCAUUUUCAUGGGCCAUGUCGACGCAGGUAAGUCCACCAUGGGCGGUAAUCUGCUGUUCUUGACUGGCUCCGUUGACAAGAGAACAGUUGAAAAAUACGAAAGAGAAGCCAAGGAUGCCGGUAGACAAGGGUGGUAUUUGUCCUGGGUCAUGGACACCAACAAGGAAGAAAGAAGCGACGGUAAGACCAUCGAGGUCGGAAGAGCAUAUUUCGAGACCGAAAAGAGACGUUACACCAUUCUAGAUGCUCCUGGUCACAAAAUGUACGUUUCUGAAAUGAUUGGUGGUGCUUCUCAGGCAGAUGUUGGUAUUCUUGUCAUUUCCGCUAGAAAAGGUGAAUACGAAACAGGUUUCGAAAAGGGUGGUCAAACAAGAGAGCACGCCUUGUUGGCUAAGACUCAGGGUGUCAACAAGAUGAUUGUUGUUGUUAACAAGAUGGACGACCCAACUGUCGGCUGGGAAAAGGAACGUUACGACCUUUGUGUCAAGAAUAUUUCUGUAUUUUUGAAAGCCAUUGGAUACAACAUCAAGCAAGAGGUUAUUUUCAUGCCAGUUUCUGGUUACACCGGUGCAGGCUUGAAGGCCCGCGUGGAUCCAAAGGAUUGCCCAUGGUACGAUGGACCUUCUCUACUUGAGUAUCUGGAUGGCAUGUCCCAUGUGGACCGCCGUGUGAACUCUCCAUUCAUGUUGCCUAUAGCAUCUAAGAUGAGGGAUCUAGGUACCAUUGUUGAAGGUAAGAUUGAAUCCGGUCAUAUCAAGAAGAACGGCAGCACGCUACUGAUGCCCAACAGAACUCCUGUUGAAAUCGUCAACAUUUACAAUGAAACAGAAGCUGAAGUUGACAUGGCUGUAUGCGGUGAACAGGUCAGACUAAAGCUCAAGGGUGUUGAAGAAGAGGACAUCUCCCCAGGUUUCGUCCUAACAUCUCCCAAGAACCCCGUCAAGAACGGUACCAAGUUCGUGGCACAGAUCGCCAUAGUCGAGUUGAAAUCGAUCAUUUCUGCCGGUUUCUCAUGUGUCAUGCACAUCCACACUGCUAUUGAAGAAGUCACCAUCACUAAACUACUGCACAAACUAGAAAAGGGCUCUAAUCGUAAGUCCAAGAAGCCACCUGCUUUUGCCAAGAAGGGUAUGAAGAUCAUCGCUGUUUUGGAGACCGAAGAACCAGUUUGCGUGGAAACCUACCAGGACUAUCCACAAUUGGGUCGUUUCACGCUGAGAGAUCAAGGUACUACCAUCGCUAUUGGUAAGAUCGUAAAACUAGCGGAGUAA